GGAUACCCGCAUAAGCCAGCCUUUGUCGCUGCUGCCUAUUCCUACCUGCAUCCUGCUUUUUUCUUCUUGCCACACUUCUGUUCCUUUCUCCCUUCCAUCCCCGUGCACGAUGCAUAAAGGAUGGAGAAAGUACUGUGGCCAGAAGUCUCUGAAUGAGACAUCAAUGGAUGAAUAUUUAGGCAGUUUAGGACUGUUUCGAAAACUGACUGCCAAGGAUGCCUCUUGCCUCUUUCGGGCUAUUUCAGAGCAGUUGUUUUGCAGUCAGGUCCAUCAUUUGGAAAUCAGGAAGGCUUGUGUCUCAUAUAUGAGGGAAAAUCAACAAACUUUCGAGUCUUAUGUGGAGGGAUCUUUUGAGAAAUACCUGGAACGGUUGGGAGAUCCCAAGGAAAGUGCCGGCCAGCUGGAAAUAAGAGCUCUUUCUCUAAUUUAUAAUCGGGAUUUCAUUCUUUACCGCUACCCUGGAAAGCCUCCAACUUAUGUCACAGAUAAUGGCUAUGAAGACAAGAUUCUACUCUGCUAUUCAAGUAAUGGUCAUUAUGAUUCUGUGUAUUCAAAACAAUUUCAGUCAAGUGCAGCUAUUUGUCAGGCUGUAUUGUAUGAAAUUCUAUAUAAGGAUGUGUUUAUUGUGGAUGAAGGAGUGUUGAAAACUGCAGUUGAAUUGUUUCGAAGUGGUUCUAAGAAGAACAGAAAUAAUGCUGUGGUGAGAAGUGAGGAUGCCCAUAUUGAUUACAAGAGUUCAACUCAGGAUAGUGACUGGAAAGAGUGGGGUGCCUGCUGCAAUGCUGAAAAUAUGCCAGAGGGCUCCAAUCAAGAAACAGAAGAAGCAAAGUCUCCAGAAAAUCCAUCAAAGAUGCUCUUCCCCUAUAAGGUGCUCAAAGCCCUGGAUCCAGAAAUCUAUCGUAAUAUAGAAUUUGAUGUUUGGUUGGACAGCAGAAAAGAACUUCAAAAAUCUGAUUACAUGGAGUAUGCUGGGAGACACUACUACUUGGGAGACAAGUGUCAGGUUCGCUUGGAAUCAGGUGAAGGAUAUUACAAUGCUCAUAUUCAGGAAGUUGGAAAUGAGAACAAUUCAGUAACAGUCUUCAUUGAAGAAUUGGCAGAAAAGCAUGUUGUUCCACUGGCUAACUUAAAACCAGUUACCCAAGUGACACCUGUUCCUGCCUGGAAUGUUAUGCCCAGUCGGAAAGGAGGAAGAGGUUACCAUAAAAUGCCUGGGGGCUAUGUCCCAGAAAUAGCUAUGGCAGAGGUGGACAUGAAACAACGGAAGAGGAUGUUCAAGAAAGCUCGAGGGAAAGAGGCUUAUAUGACUCUGGCUUACAGUAGGGGAGAUCCUCUUCUCCCACCCAGGCUUCAGCACAGUAUGCAUUAUGGGCAUGAUUCUUCAAUACACUACUCACAGACAGCAGGCAAUGUGUCUAAUGAACAUUUUUUUCCUCAACAUUCAUCUCAGAGACAAAGUCGGGGAUAUGGGAUGCCCAGAGAUUCAUCUCGUUUUAUAAGCAGGCACAACAUGGCAGGCCCUAAAGCUGCUUUUCACCCUGGGCCAGGUAAAAGGUGCUGCCAGAGCUAUGAUAACUUCUCUUAUAGAGCUCGUUCCUUUAGACGUAGUCAUAGUCAUCGCCAGAUGCAUUGUAUGAAUAAGGAGUGCCAAUAUGGGUUUGGCCCAGAGAAUGGACAGACGCCCAGGGGCUUGGAAGAGACUAUUUCUUUUUAUGAAGUUAAAGAAGGGGAUGAGACUGCUUAUCCAUCUUUAUCUAAUCAUGGAGGUCCCUCUACAAUGGUUCCUGCUACUUCGGUGUACUGCACUGCAAGACAGGGACAUAACUCAGGCAAACAGACUAUGAAUUCAGAGGAGGGCAGUGGCCAGAGUGACAAUGGAGUAUAUCAUGAGGAAUAUCUUUAUCCUUCAGAGCCAGACUAUGAAACUUCAAGUGUUUAUAGCACAACUGCAUCUACAGCAAACUUGUCUCUUCAGGACAGAAAACCAUGUUCUAUGUCUCCUCAGAACACAGUUACCUCAUACAACUACCCUCAGAAGGUGAUGGGAAAUUCUGCAGCAGUUGCAGCUUCCUGUGCCAGUAAUGUUCCAGCUCCAGUCUUAUCUAACUGUGCAGCAGCUAAUCAAGCUAGUAGUACCACUUCAGUAUCCUCACAGAAUACUAUGCAGCCUCUAUUUGUAUCUCCACCUACACCAGGCAGACCAGGUAGGUUAUUCGUGGUUGCUUAUUUUGGAAACCUCUUUUUCUAUUCAUGA